AGCGUGUCAGUGGAAGCCGAUGGAGAAUCGAGCUCUGGAUCCAGGAACUCGGGACUCCUAUGGUGCCGUCAGCCAUCUCCCCAACAAGGGGGCCCUGGAGAAAGCCAGGAACAACUUCAAAGACCUGAUGUCCAAGCUGACAGAGGGCCAGUAUGUGUUGUGCCGAUGGACAGAUGGACUGUAUUACCUUGGGAAGAUCAAGAGGGUCAGCAGUUCUAAGCAAAGCUGCCUUGUGACCUUUGAAGAUAAUUCCAAAUUCUGGGUCCUGUGGAAGGACAUACAGCAUGCUGGUGUUCCAGGUGAAGAGCCCAAGUGCAACAUCUGCCUGGGAAAGACGUCGGGGCCAUUGAAUGAGAUCCUCAUCUGUGGCAAAUGUGGUCUGGGUUACCACCAGCAGUGCCAUAUCCCCAUAGCAGGUAGCACCGACCAACCCCUACUCACACCCUGGUUCUGCCGACGCUGCAUCUUCGCACUGGCUGUACGGAAAGGCGGCGCGCUGAAGAAGGGCGCCAUCGCCAGGACGCUGCAGGCUGUGAAGAUGGUGCUGUGUUACCGGCCGGAAGAACUGGAGUGGGACUCACCCCACCGCACUAACCAGCAGCAAUGCUACUGUUACUGCGGCGGGCCUGGAGAAUGGUACCUGCGGAUGCUGCAAUGCUUCCGCUGCAGACAGUGGUUCCAUGAAGCCUGCACCCAGUGCCUCAAUGAACCCAUGAUGUUUGGUGACCGGUUCUACCUGUUCUUCUGCUCCGUGUGUAACCAGGGCCCAGAGUACAUCGAGAGGCUGCCCCUGCGAUGGGUGGAUGUGGUUCACCUAGCCCUCUACAACCUGGGAGUACAGAGCAAGAAGAAGUACUUUGACUUUGAGGAGAUCCUGGCCUUUGUCAAUCACCACUGGGAGCACCUACAGCUUGGCAAGCUGACCAGCACCCCUGUGACGGAUCGAGGACCUCAUCUCCUCAACGCUCUGAACAGUUACAAAAGCAGGUUCCUCUGCGGCAAGGAGAUCAAGAAGAAGAAGUGCAUCUUCCGCCUGCGCAUCCGAGUUCCUCCCAACCCACCAGGGAAGCUGUUGCCUGAUAAGGGGCUGGUGCCCAACGAGAACGGUGCCUCCUCUGAGCUUCGCAAGAGAGGAAAGAACAAGUCGGGUUUGUUGCCUCACGAAUUUCAGCAGCAGAAAAGGCGAGUUUAUAGAAGAAAAAGAUCAAAGUUUUUGCUGGAAGAUGCUAUUCCCAGUAGUGACUUCACCUCUGCCUGGAGCACCAAUCACCACUUGGCCAGCAUAUUUGAUUUCACACUGGACGAAAUACAGAGUUUAAAAAGUGCCAGCUCAGGCCAGACCUUCUUCUCAGAUGUAGACUCCACGGAUGCUGCCAGCACCUCUGGCUCCGCCUCCACCAGCCUCUCCUAUAACUCCAGGCGGACAGUGGGCAGCCGCAAGAGGAAGCUGGCAGCCAAAGUGUACAUGCCACUGCGGGCAAAGCGGAGGGCAGCUGAGCUGGGUGGGCGCUGCCCCUCAGACAGCAGUGCAGAGGGGGCUUCAGGCCCUGAGCGGCCAGAUGACGGCAUCGACAGCCACACCUUUGAGAGCAUCAGUGAAGACGACUCGUCCUUGUCCCACCUCAAGUCAUCUAUCACCAACUACUUUGGUGCAGCUGGGCGGCUAGCUUGUGGGGAGAAGUACCAGGUGUUGGCUCGGAGGGUCACACUAGACGGCAAGGUUCAGUACUUGGUGGAGUGGGAAGGGACCACCCCUUACUGACCAACCCUCAGAGCAUGCCAGGAGCCCAGGAAACCAGAGGAGGGACAGCAGAAGCCUCAGCGCACCGCCUCCCCCCACCCCCCCAAUCUUUCUCCCUUUUUCUCCAGGCUGGAUGGGGAGGAAAGCAGGGCAGAGCUCCAGGUUUCUAGAGGCCCUGCC